AUGGCUAUUCGUGCUUUUUUAACACUAUUUAUUUUAGCAAUUUUCUAUUCAACAGUUACGGGUCAAGUUCGAACAUGUGAACCAUGUGAUACAUCGAAAUGUCCAUUAGCUUCGGACAAAGAAUGUCUUGCUGGAUUGACACUCGAUAGAUGUGGUUGUUGUCAAGUUUGUGCUCAACGUGAAAGUGAGCUAUGCAAUCAUCCUGAUGUCCCAUCAAGCAAACAAUAUGAGGCAUGCGGUGAAAAUCUUCAAUGCAAAUGUAAUUAUUGUGCACCAGAACUUGAACAACAAAGACAAGAAUUAAAGGAAGAGAGGCAAAAUGAACGUAUGCAGGAAAUUCAAAUGUUGUAUGAUGAGCAGCGUCCAUGGUCUGAAUGGAGUCUUAGUAAUAAUUCCUGUACACAGCAUACAGGACAUGAUAUCGAACAAGUACGACAGUUAUAUAGUUUUUGUGAACAAUCAUUGGUAGAAUAUUGUACGAAUAGAAAACAACAAGCAACAAGUACAGAUAUUCCAUAUCUCUCUCCCAUAAAUCUACUUUCUGUUACAUUAUGGUAUUUGAAACAUUAUCAUGCCGAACGGUAUAUAGCAACAGAAUUAAAUUUCGGUCGAUCAACAGUAAAUUACUUUUUGUCAGCGGUGAUAGAUAUUUUAUAUUCCUGUAUUUGUCCGAAAUUGAUUUCAUUACCUGAUAAUAUGGAUGAUGAAACUACAAUUCACGGACCUGAACAACAUCACAAGUUAAUAGUUGAUUCGACUUUUAUUGCAAUUCAUCAACCUGAAGAUGCUGAAGAACGUAAAGUCUAUUAUCAUGCAAAAAGUCCAACAAAUUAUGGAUUUAAAGUACAAAUAGCUUGUGAUUUUCAUCAUCGAAUUGUACAUGUAUCCAGAUGUUAUCCAGGUAGUGUUCAUGAUAUUACAAUUCUAAGAGAAUCAGGUCUAUUAGAACAUACACAAGAAAAUGUACAAAUUAUUGGUGAUAAAGGAUAUGUUGGUGAACAAUAUGUUGUUACUCCAAAAAAAAAACCUCGUGGUGGUCAAUUAACAACUGAAGAUAAAGACUUUAAUCAAUCUAUUUGUAGUGCAAGAGCAGCUAUUGAAAACAUUAACCAACGUCUUAAAAAUUAUGCUAUUUUAGGAAGUGUUUACAGAGGACCUUAUGAUGAUAUUGACAAAAUCACUACAAUUGCACAUGUUGUUUCUGCACUAUGUAACCUUCAAUUGUGUAAACAUCCUAUUCGUAGUCAUAGAUCAUGA